GUGACACAGGGAUCCCUGCCCCCCAAGAGAACACAACUUCUGGGAAGGGGUCUGCUAGACUCCCCUGCCGGCAAUGGGACCAAUGACACGCUCAAAGGACCGAACCAUCUGGACACACUUCCUACUGUCACAGCGGCCCACUGUGUCAGUGACAUCAUGCUAAUCUGAGUUGAAGGAACAAGAAGUGGCAAGUAUGUUGGAGGCCUCGUUAAGGCGCGUGAGCUCUGCAGGGCUCAGGAGGCCACCACACUGGCACCUGCUUAGGAGUUCAGUGGUCCAUAGCGUGCUGGGACGUCCUCUGUGAAGGAAAGAACAGAUUACUGCAUCCUGCACCUGCCAUCACCAAGGAGGAGGGAGUGCGAUACUUGGAGGCCUCUUGGGGUUCUGAAGCUCGCUGACUCCACAUGUGAGCAUCCUGAGUGACACGGAAGGGAAGGCUGCCGUCUUUGAUUGGGUCACAGAGCCGGAAAAGACCCUGUAGAAAUGCUAAGUAUGGUACGCGCGUCCCUUGGGACGUACACAGGGGCCGAGCUUCUGCCUGUGGUGUUAGAGGCAUUUAUGGUGGGAAAGAUGCUGUGUGGAGUUUAUGAUAAAGCCCAAUAGGAUCGUCACAAUGCAGACACUAAGGUUCCAGAGCAAGGCCCUGCGUCUACAGAGGAGAAUUGGAUCCACUUAUGCUACAGCUCCGGCUUGCUGCUGGCUCUGGAGGAGGCGGAGGGCCUAACUGCGAGACAUUAGGUGACCACACAGCCAGAAUCGACCGACAUGACCGGGAUUGUCCCUGACCCACCGCAUCAUAAUAGAGUCAUGCCCACCCAGCAGCCGUCCACCAGAACAGAGACACGGCACAGCUACAUCAGGAAUAGUCACAGCAAAAAGUCACAGCGGAGCCGCAGGAGCAGGAGUCUGCUGGACUUAACCUGAGAACACUUACGAGGGGGAAAGGUCUGUGGGACAAAGUAGAGCCCCACCUCUGGUUCCGGCCCUGAAGGCAGAGGUGAGAGGAAAUCUUCCCAAAGAGCAGAGCUUUAGAGAAGCUGUUCCCAAACUGGGGGAACUUACUAUCUGCCGCAGGUGGAUCUGGCCUCGAGGGCUGUAGGGGAUGCCAGGGUGUGUUGGUUACAGCCCCUCAGGACAGAGCUACUUACUACUUACUCCUCUAACUGCCAGAAGUGUUGCCUGCUGCCUGCCCAGAGCCACGACUCUCUCUAGAAAUUGCCUUCUGCCAAAGCAAGCUGCCUCACCCAGGAUAAUUCAUCCUCUCCAGGGCGGCACCCCUUGACUGGAAAAUGGGGGACAAUAGAUGUUGCCUCAGCUUGGGGCAUCUCCAAGCAACCGUCUGACUCUCAGAGCUUCCCACGUUGGUAGCUGAGCCUCUGUUACAGCUUCUCCCUGCACCCAGCUCUGUAUCUGGCUUCGCCGCAUGUGUUGCUGCACGUACAUUUCGGAGUCUCCGAGUCUAUUACGGAACUCAACCUAACAUGUCAGAGAAAGGACAUUGAGUUUUAUGAACUCCGUUGACCCCACCUCCUCCACGCUCCAGGACCCCCGCGGAAGAACGUAGCGGCCUGGACUGCAGCCUCACCCCCGCGCAGCGCUGUGGGCAUGUUGGACACGGCCCUCCUGGACCCCUCGGCCUCCGGUCCUUCAGGCGCACGGGGGACUGGGGACAGGGCCAGCCCAUGGGAGGCCCGCACAGUGCGUGUGCUACUUCCUGGCCUUCCUGUUCAGCUUCGUGGUGGUGGUGCCGCUGUCCGAGAAUGGCCACGACUUCCGCGGCCGCUGCCUGCUGUUCACCGAGGGCAUGUGGCUGAGCGCCAACCUGACGGUGCAGGAGCGCGAGCGCUUCACGGUGCAGGAGUGGGGCCCGCCGGCCGCCUGCCGCUUCAGCCUGCUGGCCAGCCUCCUGUCGCUGCUGCUCGCCGCCGCGCACGCCUGGCGCACGCUCUUCUUCCUCUGCAAGGGACACGAGGGCUCCUUCCUCUAUGCCUUCCUGAACCUCCUGGUCAGCGCUUCCGUGGUCUUCCUCGUCUUCAUCGCCAGCACCAUCGUGAGCGUGGGCUUCACCAUGUGGUGUGACGCCAUCACUGAGAAGGGCACCGUGCCCCACAGCUGUGAAGAGCUCCAGGACAUCAAUUUGGAGCUAAACGUGGACAACUCUGCCUUCUACGACCAGUUUGCCAUCGCCCAGUUCGGCCUCUGGGCCUCGUGGCUGGCCUGGCUGGCCAUCACCAUCCUGGCUUUCCUGAAAGUCUACCACAACUACCGCCAGGAGGACCUGCUAGACAACCUGGUCCAUGAGAAGGAGCUGCUGCUGGCCAGGCCGACCCCCCGCGCCUCCUUCCAGGAGGAGAAGAGCGCUGUCAUCUAGCUGUGGCCAGGGGAGCCCGGCCCUGGAUGCCCCCUCGCCCCGCCCAGGGCCCUCGGGCCAACCCCGGGGACGGUCUGCCCGGCCCUGCCUGCCCCUUGCCUUGCAUGUCUCCCCUCGGCUCUGCGCGACGUGAGCGACCCCGCUCACCCAAGCACCCCAUUCCCGCCCUGAGUGUGGUGGUGAGUGGGGCGGGCGCCAGCCCUCCCGCGGGGACACACAGAGACUGCGGGACGUCCUCCGGGCUUCCCGCACACGCAGCGCACCUGUCCAGGGGCCACGGGCUGGGCGAGCCUCGGUGCGGGGAGCGCCCACCCCCUUGGAUGCCUCUGGCCGCAGGGCUUGCGGCUCGUGCCUCAGCCGGAUGCCGUCUCCACACCGGCUUGCCCAGGCGUGAGUCUGUGCCCCAUUCUGUGGCAGCAGCCCGUGUCCCCAGGAUGACCCCAGCCCGCGAUGGCCGGACGCCACUCUUGUCCCUUGCUCCUGAGCAGCGCGUGGGAGCAGGGGGCCCACUGCAGGAACGAGCUCUCUGCCGUGUGUCUCGACCUCCUGGCUCUGCACUUCCCCCACUGCCUCCGCAGGGCCGAGUCCCCGGGUGGCCGGGCCUGGGUCUCGGCAUCACAGGGCCAGUCAGGUGGUGGCCGGGUGGCCAUCCUGGGAAGUGGCUGUGCUGCCAGAGCUAGGAGCCCGCACCCCGUGCCACAGGACUUGCUGGGGGAGCCACGUGUGCCCCUGCCUGGGAGGAACCUGGGCCCCAGCGUUUGUCUCACAGUGUAGGGGGGUGGGGGGUGGGGACGUGGGCUGGGGGGUCCUACCUCCUAGGGAGGGAGGGACAAGGCAGGUGCCACGGCGCUGUCUGUAAGUGCGUGUGAGGGUGUGUGUGAUGUGUGUGUGUGCAUGCGUGUGGGUCUGCAUGGGGAGGGUGUGUGAGCAUCUGAAUGUGUUAACUGCACACACGAGUGCAGUUCUUUGUGAGUGCCUAUGUACGAGUGUGAGUGUGCAUGUGCACAUAAGCACGCACACGUACAAGUGUGGGAGCGAGCUGUGUGAGCAUGCAUGUCCACGGGUGUGAGUGUGAGCAUGAGUGGGCAUGAGAAUGUGAGUGCAUGUGAGCCUGAGUGGAAAUGUGUGCAUGUGCAAUGGGAGUAUGAGUGUGUAUGUGUGAGUGUGUGUGCAGCGGAAGGUGUGAGCAGAGCUCUGUAUCUCCACCCACGGGGGUGCCCCCAGUGCCCCGGCACCCCAACGAGGGGAUGCCUUCCCAUCUGAUGUGUGCACAGCACCGAGGCCCCCAGAGGGCACAACCCCAUCCACACAUCAUCCGGAGGGGGAGCUGGGGUAGGGAACUGGGACCAGAGCUCAGUGGUGAGCAACCUGGGGCUGCUUGGCUAUGGGUCCCCCCUCACAGGGCUCCCCGACUUCUGCAUCCGCACACAGUCCUCCGAGUACUGUCCAGGAGCGGGGCCCCCUUCCCCGGGCUCAGUGAGCCAUUCUGCUUUCCCGGGCUCACCGUCCUGCUGCUCCCACCCUCCAGGGAAGGAGAGACCCGGCGCCCCCCGUCCAUGCCUCGUGCUGCCAGAGGCCGGUUUGGUCUCCCAGAUGGGGGGCACAGGAUGUCCGGAGGCCACGGAUCUGGGUCUGGACUGAGGCGCUGAGUAGGGCAGGCAGCCUGGGCCAGGGAAGGGGGCCCGCAGGUCGCCUGUGCGGAUGCUGCUCGGCUGGUGCCUGUCCGUGGAGAUCCGGGCGUGUGGAUGAGGCUCCUGGUGUCUCAGAGGCACUCGGCCGAGGACGCCAGGCAGAGCCGCUGGGUCCUUGCGGGACUUGUUUUGGCAUAACUGAGGCCCCCAGCAGAUCGGGUCUCACCCCAGCCCUCAUGCACAGGCUGUGGGGACUCUCCAGUCCCCGAGAGCUCCGGUCUGUUCCCAGCCACCAGCCAGGCCCCGGGAAGGAGGAGCAGGGGCAGGACGUGGGCUUCUGGAGCCGAGGGUCCCCGGCAGGCUGGGGUCUGCCCUGGCAGCUGCCACUCAUGGGUUGUUCGGAGCCGGCCUGGGGCAGCCCCUUGCUCAGGCUGGCAGGGACGUCACCUACAUGUCACUUGCAGAGCGGGGUGGUCACUGGCACAGGCCUGUCCCAGGCCGGGGGUACCCGGCACCUCCCGACGUCCGUGCCCGGGGCUGCCGGGAAGGGACAGCUGAGCCCCUGGAUGCGUAGUGGGACUGAGCUGUGUGCCCUGCAGCGGGCGGGGGACGGGGGCCCCGGGGCAGGACAGGAAAGGCAGGGGCCCCCCCAGGCUUCCUGAGAGGGCCACGGGAUCGCCUCUGGGGUGCCUUGCUUCUCCCAGCUGGGGGCGGCCGCGCGGCUUUAAUUCUGCUGAGGAAAUCCACAGUAGCGAGUCUUCCCCUUAAAUGUAUGUUUGUCAAAGUCAAAAUAAACACAGAGGUCCUGAG